AUGUAUUUGCAAGAAAUUUAUUAUCGAUACCGUCAUAAUGAGCUAAAGUCAAUCGUCGCAUGUCGGAUAAUUGCCGCUUUUUUAAUUAUUGAUAUACGCGAUGAUGGGCCAGUAUUGCACAAAACCAUAUUUGAAACAAAAUCUCUUCCGAUACCAGAUAUUCGGUUUAGUGCUGAUUUUAAUUAUAAAAUCGCAUGUUCUUUCAUGAAAUCCAUAAGUGCAAGUGAUUUACAAGAUUGCACACAAUACAUCAGUCAACCUGCUCAAACUCUCACUAAAAAGUGGGAGACGCUUUUAAGCUUAGACAAAUAUAUGGAAAGAUUCACACUUGAAGGUCUUAAAAGCAUACUUCUAACUAUCAACAUAAAUGACAACGAUUUUAGCCUUGAUAAUGAUAAAAGUGUAUUGACUGCCUACGAUCCAGAAUUUGGACCAUACAGUCAUUCAGACGGUAAUUCAAACGAUGAUUUGUUGGGAUUUAUAGACCAUUAUGGCCCCGAAUUUACAUAUUCACCGGAAUGUUAUUUUUUUCGCGAACUAUUAAAGAAAAUAUAUCUCAAAAGCAAAGUAAUGCUUUUGGAACUCCAGCAAGCUAUAGCAAAGAAACAUAUAUCACUUCAGAUUACUCGUCCUACGUUCCUAGGAGGACUUGGUUUAUUUGGUGGCGUAUGGGUGAUUGCUGCAGGAGUAUAUGCUUGUUUAUUUGGAACGGGUGUAUUACAUCCUUGGGGAUUGAUUCAUAGAUAUUGUUUCCCAAAUGAUAACAGCAAACUUGUCCGCAACAAAUUUCCAAUAAUUCCGUUUUUUUCGCCUGCUACAAAUGACCCUAAAUCCGAUGAUGAAUUUAAAGCACUCGAGCUCUUUUUAAAAGAUUAUGUUGUGAACGUGGGAUACCUUGAAACUUUGACUACUAUGCAGCAACCAGACGCUAGUUCUGACUUGGCACAAAUUAAAAGUUCAGGUGCGACAUUUUUCACCAAUCCACAAUCGGUCUAUAUAAACCAGUUACCAACACCCGAUCAAGUGAUGCAACCUCAAGGGACACACAAUCUGCAAGGAAACCAGGUCGUUAAUUUGCAAUCUACUGGCAUUUCGGGUAUGCAAACUUACAAUUUUUAA